GCAUAGAAAGUGACGAAGUCAUGUACUGCAUCUCACCAAGCAUUGCUCUUCCAAGCCAUUUACUUUCUAACGAUGCCUUUUUGAACACCUCUACGGGCUUCAUCCUUGACGGUGUGACGGCCCUUCGUGCCUGGUGUUCGGAUCCUAGUUUCUGUACAUUGCUAGAGUAUCAUCAGAAUCCUCGAUAUUUCGCUUUUGACGAUCCGGUGUAUAAAUAUGAAGAUGGGAUUGCUCACAAGGAUGGAGACACUUUGCUUCUUCGUGGAGACCUCCUUGAUCUUGCAAUAACCGCAAAGGAAAUCACCGUUUACAUCGGACCCGACGUUUGUGCCAAUGUUACUCGUUCCAGGAAAUUGUUGGGCUGCGUACUGCCGCAAACACAACCUGAAGCGGGCGAUAAUCUGGGCAAGAAAACUGACAAAAAUCUCCCGUUUGUUCGGGUGUUUCAUGGCACACACCUGGCUUUUGAUAUCGGCUACAUCCGCUACCCUAGUACAUCCAUCACCGUUCUCGUGUGUGUAGUCAGUGUGGUGGUCCUCCUGAUCUUUGUCAUUGUCGCCAUAGUGAUUUACAGGAAAGCCAAGUCGGCUAGAAAAGAAGUUGAGGAGCGACGAACUGACCUGAUCAUGAAGAAGAUUGAAAAGACUGAGGAUAUGAUGGCAGCAUCUGGAGUCGUUGGGGUGCAACAAUCGGAGAUGUAAGACAUGAUGCCGAGUCUUCGUUAUUGAAUGGAGGAUAAGCUUAUUAUCUGUACUAAAAAAAUAUAUCAUCUUGCAAUUGCAAAGUUGUACCUGGUAUCCCGUUUUGUUUUGGAAAAAGUGUCCUUGUCUGAAUUUCGAGACUGACAAGAGACACUUUACAGAAACUAUUUCUGAAGACUUUUCGGGCAUUCUGUG